UGGUGUUGAAGUGCUACGCGAGCGAUACGGCGACCCACCCGGGAUUGGACAGGAUGACAAUUUUGUCUUUUGGCUUUUUUCCUCCGGUCUACUCUUUUCUCGACCUCGGAGACCCUUGGAAGUCUAUUCUUUCGCUUACGGUAACGACGAAACACGCACAUCAUCCGCAAAACGGUUCAAAGUGAUCUACGACUGUUGCAUCGAUACUUCUUCCUGAGGACUAUGUAUUUGGUUUUGUACAAUGCGACAUACAAUUCAUUUUUUGAACAUCAAACUCAAUAGCUGGCCCCAAGUCGUCCGUUGUCCAACUUACCCAAGGCACCUAGAGGGAAGACGCUUCCACAGUACUAGCCUGGAGCGCCCGACAACACCCCCUCGCGCUAGGAUUCCCCUCCUCCCGAAGUAACCGGUAACCCACGGAGCACUAAGAUUGCCUGAAAUUCAAUCUCUUGGAUUUGAAUCGCCCAAAUCCAAAAAUUUGCGACUUUGGCAAGUUUUUCUGACCUUCAAUCUCUUGGAUUUGAAUUCCUAAGAUCAAAAAACUACAACUUUAGCAAAUUUUUUCUGGCAUUCAAUUUCUUGGAUUUGAGAACUCAAAUCCACGCAAAAACUUUCGACUUUUUUAGCAAGUUUUUCGGAGAUUCAAUCUCUUGGAUUUGGAUUGCUCAAAUCCGAACACUUUCGGCUUUGGCGGAAACAUUUCGGAGCUUUUCUGAGAUUCCUCAAAUCCAAAACCUUCCGACUUUCGCGAGUUUUGCUGAGGUUCAAUCUCUUGGGUUUGAAUUGCUCAAAUCCAAAAAUUAUCGAUUUUAGCGAGUCUUGCUGCGGUUCAAUCUCUUGGAUUUGAGCCCGUUCCUCAAAUCAAAAAUUUGCGACUUUAGCAAGUUAUUCUCGACUCAAUUUCUUGGGUUUCAAUUUCUCAAAUCCAAAAAUUUUCGAUUUGCGCACGCUUUUCUGAAAUUCAAUCUCUUGGAUUUGAAUCCCCCAACUCCAAAAGUUUUCGACUUUAUUUAGCAAGUUAUUCUGAAACUCAAUUUCUUGGAUUUGAUUCGUAAGCUCAUUUUCGUGGAUUUGAAUUCCUCGAAUCCCAAAAUUUUUGAUUUCCGCGAGUUUUUCUGAAUUUCAAUUUCUUGGAUUUGAUUCGCAAGCUCAUAAGUUCAUAAGUUCGAAUGUGAAUGAGUGAGAGCUUGGCGCUUGGGGUUUGCUUUGGAAGUGGGAGAGUGACUGAGAGUUUGGUGGGGUCGUUGUUGUUUCUUAAUUUAGCUCUUUAAUAUUUAC